AUGAGUAUUGAGAUACCGGUGGGGUUGACGGAACUGCUCCAGGGCUACACUGUUGAGGUGUUGCGACAACGGCCGUCAGACCUGGUGGAUUUUGCAGUACAGUACUUCACCCGUUUGCGAGACUCGAGAAGUCAGGAUGGGUCCAGCUCAGGUGGCAAGCCAGGGAAAGGAGUGAUGUUUGACGGGGAGCCAAUGCAGACAGAAUCCAACGGAGAUGAUGACGAAGACGACGAUUCCGACUUUGAGCCUCCACCCCCCAGCAGAUUCAACAGGAGAGUGUCAGUCUGUGCGGAGGCCUUCAACCCAGAUGACGAUGACGAGGACACCGAACCCAGAGUGGUACACCCCAAAACAGACGAACAACGCUGCCGACUGCAAGAGGCCUGCCGAGACAUCCUCCUCUUUAAAACACUAGAUCAGGAGCAGUUCUCACAGGUGCUGGACGCCAUGUUUGAAUUAAAGGUUCAGCCCACAGAACACGUCAUUGACCAGGGAGACGAUGGGGACAACUUCUAUGUCAUAGAGAGGGGUAUUUUUGACAUCGUGGUAUCAGGAGCAUGUGUGGGUCAUUACAACAAUAAGGGCAGCUUUGGGGAGCUGGCACUCAUGUACAACACGCCACGCGCUGCCACCAUCGUAGCCACUCAGGAGGGAGCACUAUGGGGUCUGGACCGUGCUACAUUUCGGAGGCUCAUUGUAAAGAACAACGCCAAGAAGAGGAGGAUGUAUGAGACUUUCAUUGAGUCUGUCCCCUUACUCAAAACACUGGAGGCGACAGAGAGGAUGAAGAUAGUGGAUGUAUUAGGAAUGAAGCAGUUUUUAGAUGGCGAGCGCAUCAUCGCACAGGGAGAAAAGGCUGAUUGCUUCUACAUUGUAGAAUCUGGGGAGGUCAAGAUCAUGAUGAAGAGUAAAACGAAGGCCGACCAUGCAGAUAAUGCGGAGGUGGAGAUAACACGCUGUAGCAGGGGUCAGUACUUUGGUGAACUGGCCUUGGUCACUAACAAGCCCAGGGCUGCCUCAGCCUAUGCAGUGGGAGACGUCAAAUGUUUGGUAAUAGACGUGCAGGCGUUCGAGCGCCUCCUGGGCUCCUGUAAGGAGAUCAUGAAGAGAAACAUAACCCACUAUGAGGAGCAGCUGGUGGCUCUGUUCGGCUCCAGCAUGGACCUGAGAGACUGA